GGAAAAUUUUGGGAAUGAGGAGGAUGCUAAUCUUCCCAAUCCAGAAGUUUAGGAGGGAGAGAGGGAAGAGGAGCGCCGCGCGUCGCCAGCUGCGCCGCCUCUCUCUCCCAUCGCGCGCAACUGGAGCGCACAGGCGUGCGCCACGACCCGGGAGGGCGCGUUAUUGAUGCUUCUCUUAACGAUCCGGAUUUGGCCGCAUUCAGGCUGGCCUGGGGCGCAAUACACUCCCCAGACACGUUACUGGCUGCCCUCGACACCGCCUCCCGUGGAGCUAUGAUUCAGACUGUUACAGACACCCUCACACACUUCACAGAGAGAGAGAGAGAGACGCGGGGAGAGGAGACGGGGGUGCUCUUAAAACGGGGAGAAACGAGGCGGUGCCAAAGAGGACCCCGGAUUAUUCCCAAGCUAGGUGCCUGCCCUCUGCUGAGACUUCGCUCCUGCUUCGGAGAGACAAGAAUCUGAACUUUCCUGGACGCUUCCAAAUUUUCUUUUCCCCUGUGGAUUUCUCUCCCUCGCGCCUCGCCAUGAAAUUCUGCCUUCUGCUCCUGAGCGCGCUCUGCGCUGCCGGCGGGGGCUCCCUCUCAGGCGGUAUCUGCUGGCUGCAGCAAGGGCGCGAGGCUAAAUGCACCAUGAUCGUCCGGACCGGCGUGAGCUGGGAGGAGUGUUGCGCCAACGGCAGCACGGAUAUGGCCUGGUCGAACGCCUCGCACCCGGACAACAAGAUCAGCCUCCUCCGGAUCCUGGGGCUCGUGACCUGUCACCCUUGCAAAGAGACCUGCGAAGGUGUGGACUGCGGUCCGGGAAAAGUCUGCAAAAUGAAAUACGGGCGCCCGCACUGCAGCUGUGCCCCAGAUUGCUCCAAUCUCUCCCGGAAACUUCAGGUGUGCGGAUCCGAUGGCUUCACCUACCGAGACGAAUGCGAGCUUCUGACGGCAAAAUGCAGAGGACAACCCGACCUGGAAGUCAUGUAUCAAGGCCGGUGCAAAAAAUCGUGCUCCACUGUGGUGUGUCCCGGGACCCACACGUGUGUCGUGGACCAGACCGCCAGCGCCCACUGCGUCAUGUGCCGGGCCGCCCCUUGCCCGGACCCCACCGACAUCGACCACGCGAUCUGCGGGAACAACAACGUCACGUACCCCUCCACCUGCCACCUCCGAAGAGCCACCUGCUUCCUGGGGCGGUCCAUCGGCGUCCGACAUUACGGAAGCUGCGCAGCCCCGAACCGAUACCCGCUGGACACAGAUGAAGCCGAGGAAAACUACAUCUGAACCCGCCUUUGUGAUCUAUCCGACUCCCGACGACACGCUGGGGCAUUAUCUGUUAACGAUGUACAGACCGUAUAUAUCUGAUAUUUAUUAAGACCAAAAGACGACGACAGCCUUAUUUAUAUAUAUAUAUAGACAGAUAGAUAGAUAGAUAUCUCGGCUGAUGUAACCUAAGCAUAUCUGCCCCAGUUUUUCCUCCUCCUCCUUCUUUUGGACACCCUCCCACUCUGCAGAAUUCUCCUCCAAUAGUGCGGAGGGAGACCUACUCCACAUUGUGAGAGAGAGGGGGAAGCCGGGACUGCAGUUCUUGAGGUCUAGCAGCUUAGCUCAGAUCAGUAUGGGGUUCUCUGCUCUCUGCUUGCCUCUCGGCGACACCCUAUCCCUGCCCUACGAUCCUUUCUCUGUGCUGAGUUGAAAAUUCAGGCCCCGCCCCAACUCCCGAAGCUGCGCCGUUUGUUAACAUCCCGUUGCUGACUCUUCCCACAAACAUUCCGUGACAUCACAGGGAUCAAGCCAAUAGGCACACUUUGGGGCGGGAACUCACCCGGACAAAUUACCAGUUUUUAGCCUUUAAAAAAAUAUAUACGUAUAUAUCUCUCUCUAAUUUAAAUUCACCACUAUGGUCACACCGAGUGCCUCAUAAACUGGGUGUUGUUGUU